AUGCAACAAAACUCUCGUCCCGGUAUUCCGGUAUUCAGACCAAAGCGGCCGGUAGCUUACGCUAUGGAGCGUCUUGUGGAAGACGCACUGUUUCGCCUGCAAACCUUUGGCAUCCUGAGAAAGGUGGAUUUCAGCGACUGGGCGGCCCCGAUCGUCGCAGUACGGAAGCCAAAUGGAACCGUCCGUAUAUGUGCCGACCAGUAUCCAUUACCACUGCCCGAGGAUAUUUUCGCGAAGAUGGCCAACUGUCGGAUUUUUAGUCACAUUGACUUAUCCGACGCGUACCUACAGGUAGAGGUGGAUCCAGUCAGCCAACCGCUACUCACCGUAAACACACAUAAAGGCCUCUUCCAAUUCACGCGCCUGUCACCCGGCAUCAAGUCAGCCCCGGGCGCGUUCCAACAAUUGAUGGAUACAAUGUUGGCUGGGGUGAACUGUACUGUUGAAUACCUCGACGACAUUUUGGUUGGUGGUCGCAACGAAGAAGAGCAUCGACGCAAUCUGCAGCUAACCCUCGCACGGCUCAAAGAGUACGGAUUCCCUGUGCGGAUUGAAAAAUGUAGUUUUGGCAUGCAGCAGGUUAAAUAUCUAGGACAAAUCCUGAAUGGUAAAGGAAUCAGGCCAGACCCCGACAAGAUCGCCCCGAUCGUCAGUAUGACGCCACCACAUAAUGUUUCUACGCUUCGCUCCUACUUGGGGGCCGUGAAUUUUUACGGCAAAUACGUCAACGAACGUCAACGAACAACCCAAAGUUGGGUAUCAUCGUGUCUGCGGACGUGUCUGCAUUUGGGCUGGGAGCUCAAAUAG